AGUCUACUGCACUCAAGGAUGGUGAAGGUGUUGGAGUUUGUAGAAAGUGAGAAGAUUUGUUCUGUUUCUGGGAGCCAUCCACCAGCAUCUUGGCAUUGCUUUGAGUGUAAUCGCUCGUUGUGUGACGAAUGUGAGAAGAGCCAUUCAGUGUUUACCAAAGCUCACAAAACUACCCGCUUGAAUAACUUAAAGAAAGAAGAUGUUGCUUUGAUGCUGAGAGGAAACUACGGUCAUGAACACGAAGCAAUAUAUAACUUCUACUGCAACGAUUGUGAUGAAUGUCUUUGUUUUGACUGCUUUAAAAUUAAAAAAUGUGGCAUUCACAACACGACUCAAAUUCAAGAUCUCAUUUCUUCCAAACGAAGUCUUUUGCAGCAAGCUUUUGAUCACCUCAAAGCUCGACAAGAGGAAAUGCAAAAACAAUUAGGAAUAUUAAAAGAAAUAACAAAAACAGCAAAAGAGAACGGUGAACAAGCAAAAUUAGAGGUUCAAAAAACGGUCAAACGACUGAUAUCUUCGCUGGAAGAAAGCGAGAAAGAACUUGAGAGAGAAAUUGAAAAGAAAAUAAAAAAAGCAGAGCAAAAARAAUCGAAAGGACAAGUUGUUGUAGRCAAGACUCUGAGCGUUUUGGAUUACGUAUGCAAAGUGAUGGAAAAUGGUAAUUUGAAUGAAAUGAAUGAAGCACUUAUAGACACUGCAGGCUAUGACAACAGUAUUGAUAACCCAAGUAGACAAGAGUCUCGCUUUAAGUUUGUUUGCAGCAAAGAGGUUCAUGCAUUAGGGAACUCAGGGAUUGGAAUUCUUAAACCGAUAUUAACAGACCCUGUUAUGAGUUUGAUAGAGGUAGAAUCUGAAGAUCUCGAAGCCCUGAAGAAAUCAGCUUUGGUCGUGUUAACAAAGACCACUACUGGAAAACUUAAUGCUGAUCCGGACGAUGUCGUGGACGUUAAAAUCACUCCUGAAGAUGGUGUGAAGAUAAAAUUGAAAAGGACGACUGAUGGUAAAAUAGAAGUGGAGUUCAUACCUAAAGUAGCUGGUCAACUGACAGCAGAGGUUCAAGUGAAUGGGAAUAAUGUAUCUAACAGUCCACUAGUGAUAAAUGUGAAGCCACAGAAGAUGGAAAUAACAAGUGAGUUUAAGAUGAAAGGUAUACAGACAACAUCUUCAGAUUUUACAGGGAUAGCAGUAAAUAAAAAACACACUAGAGUAGCUGUUGCAGACAAAUCUUCACAGUGUGUGUAUGUCUGUAACACUGAUGGCGAUCUCUUACUGACGUAUGGUAGUCGAGGUAACGGUCAGGAUCAGUUGGACAAUCCCCAUGGUUUAGCAUUUCUUAAUGAUACAGAUUUAGUCAUAGCAGACUUUGGUAAUGAUAGGAUAUGUAUAGUCAAUACCGACACAGGAACACUGAUAAGAUGCUUUGGUCAACGGGGACAAGGAGUUGGGCAAUUCAAAUAUCCUCGUGGAGUACACGUUGAUGAAGAUGGCAACAUCAUAGUGAGUGAUUAUCACAAUCAUCGUUUUCAAGUCUUCUCAAAGGACGGAAAAAUUCAGGCUGAUUGGACAAAACAAGGCUCCUUUAACCCAGUGAGUACAGUUACCCACGACGGACGGUUUUAUGUUCUUGAUGAACAUGGAUGUUCCAUUCAUGUAGUUGAGAAGAAAGAUGGUGUCUUGACUAGAAUAUCGACGAUUGGCGAGAAAGGUAGUGCUGAUGGUCAGCUGAGUACACCACGGGGCUUGGCUAUUGAUAAUGACCAUCAUCUAUUGGUGUGUGAUCGUGGUAAUAACCGCAUCCAAAAGUUCACAUUAGAUGGUCGUUUGGUGGGUAAAAUGGAUAUAUCAAACCCUGGUUACAUUGCUGUACUGAAAGGCAGUAAAUCCUUGGUAACUGCGGUGAAAAAGGUGGUACUUUUGUGAAAACACAUUUCGUAUGUUCGCUACUGGCUACUAUGCGCCAGAUUUUCCUUAGAUAUUUAAGGUUUUCACGAGUACAAUCUGGAACUCCUUUAUCUUUCGUCAUCUCAGUCGGACAAGAUGUAACAUUUUGGAUGUCUAGUGUCGACAGUAAAAUAUCUUUAAAAAUAACUGAAUGCCGAACGUACACGAAAAAAUGUAAAGAUACACAGAGAACUGGGGGAAGCUGUUAGAACUUUAUCAACGUUCGCAAACAGCGGAUGUCUUAAUGACAUACUUGAGCUCCAGAAGUACUGUUUAAUAAACGAGCAGGAGUGUUUUAUCGGGUAUAAAACACGAGGCGCAGCCGAGUGGUCUUAGACCCGAUAAAACACGAUCUGCGAGUUUAUUA